AUGCAGAACGCAGCAGCAACAGAUGCAGCAGCAGCAGCAGCAACAGAUACAGCAGCAGCAGCAGCAGAUACAGCAGCAGCAGCAGCAGAUGCAGCAGCAGCAGCAGCAGCAGAAGAAGCAGCAGCAACAGAUACAGCAGCAGCAGCAGCAACAGAUACACCAGCAGCAGCAGCAACACGUACAGAAGCAGCAGCAAGAGCUGCUGCAACAGCAGCAGCAACAGAUACAGUGGCAGCGGCAAGAGAUGGACCAGAAGCAGCAGCAACAGCUUCAGCAGCAACAGCAACAAAACCGCCAGCAGCAGCAGAGAAAACAAAAGCAGCAGCAGCAGCAACGAGGGCUGUAGGAGCGGCAGCAGCAACGGAUGUGAGCAGCAGCAGCAGCAGCAGCAGCAGCAGCAGCAACAGCAGAUCUAUACGCAGCAGCACGAAAGCCUUCAGCAGCAGCAGCAGAAGCAGUAGAUGCAGAAGCAGCAACAGCAAGGGUUGCACGAGCAGCAGCAGCAACCAGCAGCAGGCGAAAAAACAGCAGCAGCAGCAGCAGCAACGAGAACUACGCCAGCAGCAACAACAGGUACAGAAGCAGCAGCAAGAGCUGCAGCAGCAGCAGCAGUAG